AUGUACAAGAACAACAGGUUUAUAUCAUACAAGUCCCAAACUGGAAUCAAUCUAAAUGUCCAUCCCAGGAAAAUGAAUAAGCAGAUUGCGCCUCCACAAGCAUCUUGGAAUCUGGAUGACCAUUUUCACACAGUAUCCUUCCUUCUUAGGGCAUCCACAGAAGACCAGAACAUUGAUGACAGACUUAUCUAUGAGACUCUAUUCAAACACUUCAAAAGACACAAGGUGGAGAUUUCAAAUGCAGUAAAAAAGCCAUUUCCUUUCUUUGAGUGCCUCCGGGACCGUGAACUCAUCACCAACAAACUGUAUGACGAUUGUCAAGAUUCUUGUAGAAACCUGAUCCCUGUACAAAGAGUGGUGUAUAAUGUUCUCCAUGAACUGGAGAAGACAUUUGACUUGCCACUUUUGGAAGCAUUGUUCAGCGAGGUCAACAUGCAAGAAUACCCUGAUUUAAAUCGUAUUUAUAGGAGCUUCGAAUAUGCAAUCCAAGAGAAAAUUAAUUACCAAGAAAGUGAUGAAGAAGCGGUGGACAAGAGUCCUAAUAACCAACUGAGGCUUAGGCAAGGUGAUUGCAACCUGAUAAACACUGAUUUGCAUCUACAAAGAAGAAAAGGAGAAAGGGAACUCAGGCCUGAGUCCUGAGUGUAUUUGGGGAAUCAGGGAAGAAAUAUUAAGGACCAAGGAAAAGGCAGGGAGGGGUGUUUGCAUGAAUGUCUAAGCAGAGCCCAAAUCCUGGAGGAGUAGCUAUGACAAGAGACUAUUGGCCCAAUAACCAAGGCAACGGGACAGAAACUCAGUGUCAAUAAACCAGAUUUAAGCAGAUUAACUGCCAGGAAGUAAUUGUGAUUUAGAAAAGUCCCUGUAGGAGAAUAUUAGUGUGAAACUCUUAAGGGCUAAGGACCUGGGCCCAUGGUCAACAUCAAAUGUUGGAGGAAGGACUGAUGUCAAUGUGGGGAUGUUUUUCAAGAGCCCAGAUAUACAAGGAGAAAGCCAGUCACAGAGAGAGAGAAAAGAGGAAGUGGUAGAAAGAUGGAAGGGAGGAUGUGGGUACUUUGAGAGAGAGAAGGAGGGAAAUGAAAGAGAAGAAAGGAUUAAAAGACACAAUAGAAAUAGCUGUGUUAUUAACGUCUCACUGGUUGAACAUUUGUGCAGGCAGUUGUAGGUUUAGUGCUCAGGCUGCCAUUGGAGGUUAGCACUCCUUUUAUGCCCAUUUUGCAGAUAAGGAAACUGAAAUCUGGAGACAGUGUGUGUGUAGUUGGCCUGGGGUCAGAUGAGCAAGGGUGAACCCAGGCAUUCUGAACCCAGAGCCUGUGUGUGUGUGUGUGUGUGCGCGCGCGUGCAUGUGUG